ACGCGAGAACAGGUACUUGAGAGCUAGGGAAAUCCUCCAAAUGUUGCAUUAAAUCAAAGUUGACUGCGUAGACUGAAAGAGUUUUGUUAAAUUUUCGCUAUGAACGUGGACAAGAAGUCUCGAAAGGUAAAGAAACGAAGAGGGAAGAAGAAAUUGCUGAAGGAUUACUUUAAAUUUCCCAUGGGAGUAACUUCCGGAACCACUCAGUAUGAUUUUAGUGCCCAGGAGAGCCUCUGCGCUUGCCUAGUGGGGUUCUGCUACUCCUUCCUCUCACCAGAGUACACCUGGACGCCAAAUUUUAUCAAUGAAAUGCUUCGCUCCAUUGCCGAACACAAUCAUGAGAUUGUAGCUGAUCCUGCUGGAGAUCUGUCGCCUGUCAAGAUGACUUUUCUGCUGGAAAAAUAUGCCCUGGAUUUAUUUCUCCACGAGAUCUCGUCAGGAGCGAUGAACCAGGAGAAAGACACUCUCUUUGCGGAUCUCAAGAGAUGCUUGAAGUCUAGAAAAUCAGUGGUAAUCGUUUCCGGAGGAGAAUCCAUCGCCAUCUGGACAAAAGAGGAAAAUUUUGGCUACUUCACUUUCAUUCCCAAUAAGAAGCAAAUCCUUCUUGUGGCGGCAUUGAAGGAUUUGGUGACCUCUUUGCAUUUCUUGUAUCCGUCGGACACGUCUUACAGAAUUUGUGAAAUGAAAGUGACAAGAUUGUUGCAAAGAAGCGCAGCAGAGGAACAGCCAGAACUGCCAGGAAGAGGAUUUGUCAUCGUAGAUGACGAUUUGGCCAUUCUUCAAGGCAAUCUACGGCUUGAAUCUGGCCAGAACGGUGACAACAGAGGACUUCUCGUUGGCUAUGCAACUGCAAUUUUCGCUGAGAAGUUUCCACUUUGUUCCUGGGACUCUGACAUUCUGGACAGAGUCCUGAUCGUGAGUGAAAACCUCACCAGGAAGCUUUUGAGUGAGGAUAGCAGGAAGUCUUCGUAUCUCGUGUUCUGUGACGCUCUACGAGGACAACUGGACGUUGAUAUUGUCUUCUACGCUGAAUUCCUGGAGGUUCUUGAGGAUGUGCGAAGAAUUGAAGGCAUCCUCGCUCUGGGUCGCUGUCUUGUGAUGGAGUAUCAAGGAAACUUCUGGACAAUUAUGCAGCAGAAUCUCUUCUACUUCCUCAAUCCCUAUGAACACUUGGGCAACGCGUCUUCUCUGCAGAUGCACCAAACUCUCCAAGGAGUGCUAGCCAUUCUGGCCAAUUUGGCGGAGGAGAGCACAAGAGUGACGCUUCACAUCGUCAAGGUUGUCUCUGUAAGGGAGAAUGAACCCAAUUCACCUCAAGAUGACGUUCAAAGUUUAAAAGCAUCUGAAAUCGAGCUUCCUGACCAACAAUUGCUGGGGCAGGAGCGGAAGAAAAGAGAGCAGGAAAGCCAAUUGGCGGAAAUGGUGAGAACGCUGAAAGAGAGGCGGAAGGAAAUCCAGUCAAAGCUGAGGGAAGUCGCUUCUCCAGAUUCUCCUGAUGAAACUGCAGUGCAUAAUGGUUCACUGAGGACUAAUUCUCAUCCUACUGCACAGGCUAAAAGUGGAUCUGAGGAUGCUCAAUCACCAGAAUUACAGAGUUCUGACAAGAUUCAGACAAGUGUUGAACAUGAAAGGAAGGAUGAGACUCUUCGGGAGCCUCUGGAUCUCUUGGAUUUGCGCCUCAGCGGCUUGGAAGACACCCAUACUGAAGAAGAGUCGAGUGAGGAUGAAACAGAAGAGGAAGAGAUUGAACAGGAAGAUAAAAGUGUUCUCCCGACCAAUAACACUUAUGACAUCACAAAGGAUGAUUCUGAGCUCUCUGAGGAAGAAUCCGCAAGUGAUUUGAUAGUUCUUCAGUCUGUUUCUGGCUCUGCAAUCAGCCUCGAUCGUCUUCUCUGCAGAGGUCUGAUGAUGUCCAGCAGAUUCUUUAUCACAACACCUGUCAAGCGCUUCAUGGUAAUUCACAAGAAUCGAACUCUCUUCCUCUACAAGGGAUGCAUCUGCAAGAUCUCCACUUUGCCCAGAGAUAUCAGCAAGGAUGAUCACUUCUGGAGCUUUCGCUCGAUUCCCAGCCUCAUUGAACGCCUCCUGGAUAUGAACAGUGGCGGAAAAUUCAUGUAGAAAAUUUAUUUACAGCGAAAUUCCCUCGCGGGACUGUGAAAUAGACGCAGUGAGAUUGUAAUGGGAUGAAUCAGUUCACAAACUAGCUAAAAUCCACUUC